CUCUCUCUCUCUCUCUCUCUCUCUCUCUCUCUCUCUCUCUAUUUCAAUGGAUCUGAUAUUCUUACUUUCUUCUUUCAGAUCAUUACGGAGAAAAACCGCAAGGAAAUCUCCAAAUACCUCUUUCAAGAGGGCGUCUGCUACGCAAAGAAAGACUACAACCUUGCAAAGCAUCCGGAUAUAGAUGUCCCUAAUCUGCAGGUCAUCAAGCUCAUGCAGAGCUUCAAGUCGAAGGAGUAUGUUCGGGAAACCUUUGCGUGGAUGCACUAUUACUGGUAUCUCACCAAUGACGGUAUCGAGUUCCUCCGCACCUACCUCAACCUUCCGUCAGAGAUUGUUCCCGCCACUCUGAAGAAAUCCGUGAAGCCCCCGGGCCGGCCCCUUGGUGGUGGCCCGCCAGGCGAUCGCCCCCGAGGCCCGCCUCGGUUUGAAGGUGACCGUCCACGGUUUGGUGGGGACCGCGAUGGGUAUCGUGGAGGGCCACGUGGGCCUCCAGGGGAGUUUGGGGACAAGGGAGGAGCUCCACCAGAAUACCAGCCUUCUUUUAGGGGUCCUGGUGGAAGACCAGGCUUCGGCCGUGGAGGUGGUGGUUUUGGUGCUGGGCCAGCAAGCUCCAGCCUUUCUUAAUGUUGCCAUGAGCUAGUUUUGUGUUAUCUAAAAAGUUUUCUUCUCGCCAGUUGGUAGUCUUUGUUUGUUUCAGAUCUUGGCGAGUCUACCGACAUGCACAGAUUAUUUUUUCUACAUGGUUAAACCAUGCUAUAUUUGAGCUUCUUAUUGGAUAUUUUGCUAGUUAUUUAAAAUUUUCUUUUGGGAAAAUAGGUGUCAUUGAAAAAGCU